AUGGUAUCUUGUUCAUCCGCUGAAGCUGAAUAUCGUUCCAUGGCAGUUGCUACUUGUAAGCUGACUUGGUUGCGAUCUCUUUUGAAAAAUAUACGAGUUACAAAUCUAGGUCCUGCAAAGUUGUUUUGUGACAACCAAGCAGCCCUUCAUAUUGCUGCCAAUCCUGUUUACCACGAACGAAUGAAACACAUUGAGAUUGAUUGUCAUCUGGUUCAGAAGAAGAUUCAAGCUGGACAGAUUACUGCCUCAUUUUUCCAUCUGUGUCAUAGGUAG